AUGUCGCUGGAGGUGGCGCGCCGCUUCGGCUCCAGGACCACCAUGACCGUCGUCGAGUCCACCAACCACCCCGUGUACGAGGUCGCCUACCCCGCCGUCGUCGUCUGCGACAACAACCGCGUGCACUGGGACAAGCUGCUCGACUACGAGCGCAGGCAGCUGUCAGAGCUGGACGCCGACACGCGCGCCGUGUUCCGCAGCCUGGUGACAUCGCUGGCGCUGAUGGAGUGGGCCGACUUCGACCUGUUCACCCCCAAAGACCUCGCUAAUUACCGUGCCCUCGACACGCUGUCACACGUCAACUUCUCCGACGUCAUGAAGCAGGUGAUGCCUAAGUGCGAGGAGUUUUUCCACAAUGCCUGCUACUGGCGUAGCGAGACGCGGAACUGCUGUGAUAUCUUCGAAGUCCUGUUGACCGACAUAGGAUAUUGCUUCGCAUUUAACUCCUUAUUCAACCACAUGUCAAGGACACACUCGCGGGACGGGGAGCUGCUGCCACGUCGCGUGUCCUCCUCUGGCAAAUGGUCUGGCUUGCGCUUCGACGUCAACACAUCCUCCCUGCAGCCGCCAGGGCUAAGCGUGCAGAGGGGCGUUGUGGUGUCGGUGAACGAGCCGACUGCGCUGCGGAUGGACGGUCUGAUCGUGGGCUCAGACCAAAUGGCCCUGGUGAGGGUGUCGAGCGACGUGACGUACACGACGCAUACGGUGCGAUCGCUGCGGCCGGGGGACCGAGGCUGCCUGUACAGCAACGAGAGGGACACGCUGCAGCAGGGCGCCUACUCGUAUGCCAACUGCCGACUCGAAUGCUUCCGCCAGUACGCCAUCGCUACCUGCGCGUGCCUGCCCUACUUCUUCCCACCAGCCGGCAACCACAAUACAUGUACCACUGUUCAGUUCAAGUGCUUGUAUGAUAACAAUGAUAUGUUCAACUACAUAAAACCUGGAAGCAACAAUCCGUACUUUGACGAAGGCCGCGCGGGAAUGGUGUGCACCUGCCCAGCAGAGUGCGACAGCCAGACGUACAAUGCCGAGCUGUAUCCCAGCGAGCACAGGGAGGUGCACGCCCUCCACGCCAGCCAGGUCGACGUACACUUCCGACAGGAACUGGUGGUGCGCUACCGCACGGACGUCGUCUUCGACUGGUUCACAUUGCUGGUGUCUUUUGGGGGCACGGCGGGUCUCUUCUUGGGAGCCUCGAUGCUGAGCGCCGUGGAGCUGGUCUACUUCCUCGUGUUCCGCACUUGGCUGCACGUGCGAGCCGCCCGCGCCGCCCACCUCAGGCCGGCGCUGGUCCCCUAUUGGCUGCCCUAG